GCAUACAUUUUCAAAUUGCUGAUGGCUUCGGCAUCAAGUAGCAGUGCGCGCCAUCUAUUUAACGAUAGCAAACAACGUUUAUGCGACCGUGUUGGUGUAAAUGUUAAUAAUUUGGGGUCUGUAGCACGUCAAAUUGUGCGGGGCUCGAAAUCAAAUGAGAUUUUGGGACAGACUAUAAAGAAUUUUACACAAGUCGACAUUGUUUCGGAUUAUAGUAGUCAAAAUUUAAAUAAAAUGGAAUUGAUUUUAAAACACGUCAACUACCAACAUGAUACCAUACUGGAUAGCAUCAAUCAUUUAGAUUUUGUAAUGGAACAAGUAACGUCUAUGGAAAGAUGAUUAGAAGAGAACAGAAGUAAUAGAUUGUAAAAAAGAAAUGAAUAUGAUUGGCGUAUAAUACCUAGUUAAGAUAUGUUUUUCAGUUUGGAUAAUACAAGCUCAUUUAAUUGGGCUAUUUCUUAAAAGAAGUAUCGAAGAGCUUUCAUCUGGAAGUGCUCUUGAUUGUAAAAAAGCAUUUAUAAAGAAAUACUCUUAACAAUAUCUUGCACAUUGGCUUUCAGUUAUAAAUUUAAAUUCAAAAUUGUCGAUUUACUGACUAUUAACCAGCCACUAGUAUUUUAUCUGUAGUC